AUGUCCCAAAUCUGGCUCGUCUUGGCUCUCACUAACAAGCUUGCAGGUAUCGUCCUCGGCCAGUCACAACAGAUGGUCAACCCAAGACACCACCAACUGUCAAAACCGUUCAAAUGCCCCGGUUCCGCGACGUACAAACGAGUAUCCGAGAAGCCAACAAGGAAGCGACGAAAGGUCAAUUAUGCAGAUGCGGAUGGCAGUACGGAAGAUGGUGGCGAGAAGCCGUACACAAAUGAGGACCGACUUGCCAUAGAAACGCGAGAAGUGAAUAAGUUCCCCGUCUUUAAACCCAAGGACAAGGACGCGGCUUUCCGACAGAGGUUUCGCAUCCCUUUCCUCAAAAAAGAUACAGGUGAAUACAAUGCUGGUCGGGCGGCACCAAUUUUGGGCAUGAGACAGGGCACAACGUUUAUUGUCAAGCCACUUCAUGAUCCGAGCGGAGAGCUAGCCAUCGUUCUCUAUGACCCGACUAUUGAUGAUAUCGCGGAGGAGCCUGAGGCGAAUAAUCCGGACACGCCGAAAGAAGACGAAGAAAAGCUGGACGAACCGCUGGUACAUAAGAGUUUGGCAGAUAUUCUUGGAUUGAAGAAACAAGUGGAAGAGCGACCGAAGGUACCCGUGGUCAUAGAUCCCAGAUUAGCCAAGGUUCUUCGACCGCAUCAAGUGGAGGGAGUGAAGGUAUUUAUCAUCAAGACACCAUCGGACGUCGGUGCGCUGUUUAUGUAUCGAUGUACAACUGGAAUGAUUGAGAAGAAUGCCAAUGGCUGUAUCAUGGCCGACGGUAUGGGAUUGGGGAAAACGCUCCAAUGUAUUGCCUUGAUGUGGACAUUACUCAAACAAGAUCAAGAAGCUGGCAAAACAACCAUUCAAAAAUGUGUGAUUGCUUGUCCGUCAAGUUUGGUAGGAAACUGGGCAAAUGAAUUAGGGAAAUGGCUUGGAAAGGACGCAACGACUCCAUUUGCUAUCGACGGGAAAGCCUCCAAAGCCGAGCUUAUUAUUCAGAUGAAGCAGUGGGCAAUGGCAAGUGGUCGUGGUGUCGUGCGACCCGUUCUAAUCGUAUCUUAUGAAACGCUUCGACUGUACGUGGAUGUAUUGAAGGAUACGACAAUUGGACUUCUUCUAUGUGACGAAGGCCACCGACUUAAGAAUAAGGACAGUUUGACUUGGAUUGCCUUGAACAGUCUUAAUGUCAGCAGACGUGUUAUUCUUUCUGGUACACCGAUUCAAAACGACUUGUCAGAAUACUUUGCUCUACUACACUUUGCGAACCCGAAUCUACUGGGAUCUCAGGCCGAUUUUCGCAAGAGGUUUGAGAUACCAAUUUUACGUGGACGAGAUGCCGCAGGAACUGAAGAAGCUCGAAAACUUGGCGAUGAGCGCCUUACAGAACUAUCCGGUAUUGUCAACAAGUUCAUUAUUCGUCGAAGCAAUGACCUUCUAUCCAAAUACCUGCCUCUUAAAUAUGAGCAUGUCGUCUUCUGCAAUAUGUCUCCAUUCCAACUGGACCUUUACAAUCACUUCAUUCAAAGUCCUGAGAUUCGAAGUCUGCUCCGGGGAAAAGGUAGUCAACCUUUGAAGGCGAUCGGUAUCCUGAAGAAGCUUUGUAACCACCCGGACCUCCUGGAUUUGGCAAAUGACCUACCAGGAUGUGAGCACGCAUUCCCCGAGGAUUAUACGCCUCCCGACGCUCGAGGACGUGACAGAGAGGUGAAAAGUUGGUAUUCUGGAAAAAUGAUGGUCCUCGAUCGCAUGCUCGCUCGAAUCCGCCAAGAUACAAACGACAAGAUCGUCCUAAUCAGCAAUUAUACCCAGACAUUGGAUCUCUUUGAGCGACUUUGCCGAUCCCGCGGUUAUGGCAAUCUACGACUGGAUGGCUCAAUGAACAUUAAAAAGCGAACAAAGCUGGUCGACAAAUUUAAUGAUCCCGAUGGCCCUGAAUUUGUUUUUCUUCUCAGUAGUAAGGCCGGUGGUUGUGGACUGAACUUGAUUGGUGCCAACCGAUUGGUCCUAUUUGACCCUGAUUGGAAUCCCGCUGCUGACCAGCAGGCUCUAGCUCGUGUCUGGCGUGACGGGCAAAAGAAAGACUGUUUUGUUUACCGUUUCAUUGCAACUGGAUCUAUUGAGGAGAAGAUUUUCCAACGUCAAUCACACAAGCAAUCCCUUUCAUCUUGUGUUGUGGACUCGGCAGAGGAUGUCGAGCGCCAUUUCUCAUUGGAGUCACUACGAGAACUUUUCCAGUUCAAGCCCGAAACACGCAGUGAUACGCAUGAUACUUUCAAGUGCAAGCGAUGUAAGCCGGAUGGAAUGCAAUUUAUUAAAGCACCGGCUAUGCUUUAUGGAGAUACAAGCUCAUGGAAUCAUAUUGUUAAUACUGGAGAGCAGGGGCCAUUGGGUAAGAUUCAGGACUUAUUAAUGCGACAGGAAGCUGGCGAGCGAGAUGUUUCAGCUCUUUUCCAAUACAUUAGUCAUUGA